UACAAGCCCAAAAUUCUUAUUCUUAGACCUUAAAUUUCUGUCAUAAUGUGAACAGAUAAACCGUUUCAAUGGCCACUGCUAAAGAACUAGUUGUGACAGAGACUCAAGCAUCAGAGGCAACCAAGAGUCGAACUGAGGAUCCCGACACAAUCAGCGAUCAACGACCAUCUGUCUUGGAAAACCACGGAUACACCCUUGGAAGAAUCAUAGGAACAGGCUCAUAUGCCACUGUGAAACUAGCAAGAUCCGAGAGGCACCAGGAUCAAGUCGCUAUAAAAAUUGUUUCCAAGUUUCAAGCUCCUAAAGAUUACCUACUCAGGUUCCUUCCUCGAGAAAUUGAAGUCGUAAAAGGACUAAGACAUCCAAACUUGAUUAAAUUUUUACAAGCAGUGGAAACGACUCACAGAGUGUAUAUAGUCAUGGAAUACGCUGAAAAGGGAAGCCUAUUGGAUAUCAUUAGGAAGGAAUCCCACAUUGAUGAGGAUCGAGCAAAAAAUUGGUUUACCCAGUUAGCAGACGCUGUCCGUUAUUGUCAUGAUCACGGGGUCGUUCAUAGAGACGUGAAAUGUGAAAAUCUCCUCAUGGAUGGGAGUUACAAUUUGAAAUUGUCAGAUUUCGGGUUUGCUCGUGGCAAUAUGAAACCUCGCAGUGAUGGAAGUCCGGUUUUGAGUGAAACGUUUUGUGGUAGCUACGCGUACGCCUCACCAGAGAUUCUGAAAGGAAUCGCUUAUGACCCGAUGCUAUCUGACGUGUGGUCGAUGGGAGUGGUGCUUUACGCAAUGGUAUUUGGUAAACUUCCUUUUGAUGAUACCAAUUACAACAAGCUGGUUAAACAGGUUCAAUCCAAACUGAAAUUCCCCUCAGAACCGGUUGUAUCAGAACGGUGCAAGACUAUGAUUGGGAAGCUUAUCGCUCCUCUUAAAACUCGAUUGAAAGUCAGCCAGAUACCUAAAGAACCAUGGCUGCUCGUUUCGACUGACACUGUUGACAAGGAAGUGGUGAAAGUGAAUUCAGCCGGAUCAGCAUGAUGAACUACAAGUUUUCCAUUUGAUAAAAACAAACUUAAUCAUGUUAUUAUAGUCUUAACAUUUUUAAUAAAUUUUUCUAAAAUUACAAA